AUGACGAGCCUGCUGUCUGAAGCAGCAGCAACAACCUCCAACGAUGCGCUAGACGCUGCCAGCGAGCGCGCGAUCCAGCUCGCACACCGCGUCCUUCGGCGCGACGAUACGAUCACUGCGUUGCGGGAGAAGAUAGAGCGCGGCCUUGAGCGUAAGAAGGCCCAGGUGCAGCACAGCACAAUGCAUUUGGUCGACGCCAACCCCACCACUGCCAAGAACAAGACGACGAUUUCGCUGCUCCAUACAUGGGUCAAGAGUCUCGAGACCCAGAUUCACGCCGCCGGCGUCUCCAAUGACACGCUUCUCGCUACACAACUUCCUGGCGAAGUGCCAUCUCUGAUGGCCCGUUUCUAUCCCAUCUGCGGCAUCCGUCAACUCGUUGACACCUUCUCCAACAACAACGACAAGGACAAGUCGUGUCAGACACAUUGGUUGCCCAAUGACUAG